GAAAACUGAAGCUGUGUGUUUCUGUCUUUCUUUGUAGUUCAUGCAAAGGGGUUUGGAUUCACAAACUAAAAAACAACUAGAAGAAGAAGAGAAGAAGAUAAUUAGUGAAGAACACUGGUAUCUUGAUGUACCAGAUCUAAAGGAAAAAGAGAGCUGUAUAAUAGAAGAGAGAAGCUUUCUGCGAUGUGAGGAUUUCGUUUAUGGCCGAAUGUCCUUCAAAGGAUUCAAUCCAGAAGUUGAGAAGUUAAUGAUCCAAAUGAACUCUAAGUGCAAGGAAGAAGAAAUUGAAGAGGAUGAUAAAAUGGAGGCUGAUGUGUCAGAUGAAGAAAUGGCCAGAAGAUAUGAAACAUUAGUGGGAACAAUAGGGAAGAAAUUUUUGAGAAAAAGGGACCAACGUGUACUCAAGAAUGAUGACGAAGAUGAAGAUGAUGAAAUUGAAGAGGGGAAUAGUAACACAAGACCUAGUAAAAGAGCCAAGAAAAUGUUCUUAAAACCUCAGGAUUAAUGUCAACUGCACAAGUGGAACUUGUUACCUAAUGCCUACCAGAGUACCAAGAACUGGAGAUUGUUUGGAGUUUUUGCUAUUUAAUGUAAAGGGUGGAUUUCUAAAUCUGUUCUGUUCUCAUUGAAAUUUCUACCAUCCACAGGACAGACACUUUCCAAAGUGGGUGUUUAUAUAAUGGAUGUUGUACAUCCUUUCCUCUCUCAGCAGCUUUUCAUGAGUGGGGCACUUGUCCUGUCAGUCUCUAAAUGUUCUGCAUAGUUAAAUUAAGUGUUGUAUGCAAUCAAAAGCAACAUUAUUUUCAAUUUAGGAUAACAUCUGAAAGAAGUAUUUGGAGUAAAGAUGAGCUGUGUCCAAUUCAGUAAGGCAGUUCAGCUUUCACUGCUUGCUUUAUUACAAAAAUGAAACCUGCGCUCUCUUCAAAUUGAAAAAAGUCAGCAGAAACAUGCUUGGUUUGUGAGCUUCUUUACUCUGCUAAAAAUAAGAUGGUAAGAACAGAGAUAAAAUCCACUUUAUUGAAUUUUAUUUUUUAUAAAGUUUAUUUUAAAAUAGAGGAUUUUGUAGUGAAACUUUUUUUUAUUCAGCAAGCCAAAUAUUGGGCGACGUUUACAGUUUGACAUCUGAGCAGAUUGUGAGUCUUAGCUUCUGCCUUCCAAAAGAAGUUUGCUAAUUUUGCCUUUUUCAGCAAAAAAAUCCAAUCUUGUAAUUAUGUAAGUCUUGUCACAAAAGCAUAAUAACAUUUUCAGAAACAUACUUGAAAGCUGAAUAAAAACUGUGGGGCUUUGUGUUAA